UCGUGGUUGAGAAUAUAGCUAACAGUGCUAACAGCUAGCGAGUCGCGUUAGAUGAUUUAUGUGCUACAGGCUCCACUUUAUUGUCGCAUUUUAAGCAGUUUAUGACCUGUAGAUAUCCUUUAAAGUGAUUAUAGCUCUGACUAAGAUAAACGACGAGUCUGAAAUUUGAAGCUUUAAAUAUGAUUUCGCCGGAAGUUAACGUUAGCCACAUAGCCAGCUAGCGUUAGCUCUUGGUUGCCUGACAACGGAGAGGAAGCCAAACAACCCAGCGCGGAGCUAGCAGGCUAACACAUGCUAAGUGGCUAAAUGAGUCCAACAAGUUGAUCUGGUGUUUUGUUAUAGAAACAUUUAGUUGUGUAAACAAACAGAUAAUGGCGGAUGACGGUAGACGAGGAGAUGAAGAGGAGCGCGGCCCCGGAGCGGCUCACCAGGUGUUUGUGGUGAUGGAGUGUUUACUGGAGAAACUGAAGGUGUUGAAUUAUGAGGAGGAAGUUCUGGCGAAACACAACAUGAAAAAUAUGUCCAGACAUUACUUCGUCUCCAGUCCAUAUCUGGCGUUCAACCCGGGCGAGCAGUUCUACAUGUUCACCAUCAUCGCGGCGUGGCUCAUCAACGAGGCAGGGCGCCCGUUCACCGAGCCUCAGGAGUACGACGAGCCCAACGCCACCGUGUCCAACAUCCUGGCAGAGCUCAGGGCUUUCGGUGUUAAGGUGGACUUCCCGCCCUCCAAACUGAAGUCAGGUUCAGGUGAAUACGUCUGCUUCGUGUUGGACCGGCUGGCUGAAGAGGCUCUGAGGAGGAGGGGGUUCUCCUUCAAAAGACCAAACUACCCAACAGAAACCACAGAAGAAGAGUCAGUGAUAGAGGACGACGCAGAGCUGACACUCAGCAAAGUUGAGGAGGAGAUGAUUGAGGAGCCUGAUGAUGAGGAGGAGAACGUGAUGGACCUGGAGGCUCUGAAGUUACGAACCACUCACACCGAGGCAGAACCGUCUUCAAAACCUGAAGAGAUUCUGGAGUCGACGGUCGAUGCAGCAGAGUGGAACCUGGAGGUGGAGAGAGUCCUGCCACAACUCAAAGUCACCAUCAGGACAGACAACAAGGACUGGAGGAUCCACGUGGACCAGAUGCAUCAACACAGAGACGGGAUCAAAUCCUCGCUCAAAGAGGCCAAGAGCUACCUGGACAAACUGCAGGAGGACAUUGGGAAGACUCUUGAGAAGGUUAGCAGCAGAGAGAAAUACAUCAACAACCAGCUGGAGCAUCUGAUCCAGGAGUACCGCAGCGCCCAGGCCAAACUCAGCGAGGCAAAGGAGCACUACCAGCAGGCCAGUGGAGGAGUGACUGAGAGGACCAGAGUCCUGGCAGAGAUCAGUGAGGAUCUGGAGAAGGUGAAGCAGGAGAUGGAGGAGAAAGGCAGCAGCAUGUCUGAUGGAGCUCCGGUGGUGAAGAUCAAGCAGAGUUUGACCAAGUUGAAGCAGGAGAUCGUUCAGAUGGACGUGAGGAUCGGUGUCGUGGAGCACACGCUGCUGCAGGCUAAACUCAAAGAGAAGUCCAACAUGACGCGAGACAUGCACGCCACCAACAUCCCCGAGCCCGCCGCCGGGCCCUUCUCUUAGGCUCAGCUCCACGCCGGGCACCUGGACUAAAACAAAAACGCGUUUCAUCAUGUCAACUCAGAGCGCUGAGCCUUCAAAACUUAAUUAUAUCAAUUUUAUUUGGCUCCUUUUGUUUCUUCAGAAGUCUCAGUGAAUCCACUUAACUCAUUUAUUUGUUGCCCUCAUGUCUUAAUAAUAGUGUUAAGUAUCUUAUUUUGUUUAUACAGACAUAAAAUACAUUUUGAAGCAGGUGAUCAUUUUGUGAAUUUCUUAAAACAUUUCGUCCUUUUGAGCAGAAAUGACCAAUAGAUGUCGCCCCCCAUGCAUUAUUUUUUCCUGAACUUGAUCGGGUCUCAUUUAAGUUUUAAAUAUUUAAUAUUUUAAAUAUGUAUAUUAUGUAUAUAUGGCAUUAUUAAUGUUUGUGGAAAACCUUAAAGUGAAACUACCACAGAGUAGUGAGAUAUUUUAACUUCAGAAAUAAAUGGAAUAUAUCACCAAA